AUGACUGAAUUGGUCCUAGUUACUCUUUGGAAUGGAAUGGAAGAAGGGAAGAGAUUCUUGAACAAGGAAAAUGAUCCAAUGACUUCAAAAGAAUUGAAUGAGGAGCUAGUACGCUUAACCUCUGGAUUUGAAAUCACCGCUUAUAUCCCUUGUAUUGGCCAUAAUUUACAAGAACAUUCUAUAGUCUUAGUAAGAGGGGAAAGGGUUAAGGAUUUACCCGGUGUGAGAUAUCACAUUGUUCGAGGAACCCUAGAUGCUGUCGGAGUAAAGGAUCGUCAACAAGGAUGUUCUAGUGCGUUGUAG